CCUACAUCCGGGCUGUAUACCUGCAUGGCAUGCCAGGUUGCAUUCGAAUCAGCUGAAGGACAACGGAUACAUUACAGAUCAGACUGGCAUCGUUACAACCUCAAAAGAAAAGUGGCUGAACUGCCACCUGUCGAAAGUGACAUGUUCCAGUCAAAGUUUGAUGCUCAGAAAUCGGCAGCAGAAGUCAAAGAGAAGCCUGUAGAAUUUAAGGGUUACUGCGAUGCUUGCAGAAAGCCAUUUGCUUCUCAGAAUGCAUAUGCUAAUCAUGAACAGUCCAAGAAACACAAGGAAAUGGCUGCCAAAUUUGCUUUACAGCCUAAGAAAGAGAAGGCACCUGUUGUUGCUACUGAGCCAAAGGUUGAUCAAGCCAGUCUCCUUGUGACAGAUGAGACAACCGAAGAAGAAAUGCUAGCAAAGAUCGAUGAAAAGAUCAAGGCAGCUCCUCGUCUUGAAGAAACGGAUUGUCUAUUCUGUACCCACAAGGCCACUACAUUUGAAGAGAACAUGGAUCACAUGACUACUGUGCAUAGUUUCUUUAUUCCAGAUAUCGAUUACUUGGUCGACUUGAGAGGAUUGAUUCGUUACCUCGGAGAAAAGAUUAGUGUGGGUAAUGUUUGUAUUUUCUGUAACGGAAAAGGACGCAGUUACCGAUCUCUCGAGGCUGUCAGAGGCCACAUGAGUGACAAGGCUCAUUGGAAGAUUGCCUAUGAAGACGAAGACGACGCAGCCGAUAUUGUCGACUUUUAUGAUUUCUCUUCUUCGUAUCCUCAACCAGAGGAAGGCGACGAGGAAGUUGAUGUGGAUGCCGAGCUUUCUGCACUUACAAACACCUUGCGUCUCGCAGAUGAUGAUAUGUCUCUUGUUCUUCCUAACGGUUCGGUUGUAGGACACCGUAGCUUGAAGAGAUACUAUGACCAAAAGCUGAAGCCC